CAUUCAGGAAAUAGGGCAGUGAUCUUGAGUUAUGUUUACUCAGGAGACAGUGUCUAUGCAGCACAGCUUUGGAAAGAAACUGUAUGUAAUUCAGCUCACUUCAUCGGAUGCAUGACCACGUGACAGCAUGCCUGAAGCCUGCCCAAGUCUUCAGAGAGCCUGAAACAGCACCACCCAGGCAUGAGGCACCCCCAGUUCAUCUCACACGCGAAUGCUUGAACUGAAUGAUGAACCGUAGGAAAGGUAGCCUAGCUAGUGGACCGAAGACUGGGCCGGGACUCAGGAGAUCUGGUCCUAUUUCCAGCUCCGCCACUAGCCUGGUAGGUGACCUUGGGCAAGUCCCUUCAUCUCCCGGGUCCUCAGUUCCCCCACCUGUAAGACAGGGGCGAUACUGAGCUGCUUUGCAAAGCGCUUCCGGAGCUACUGCGGAAGCGAGCCCGGUAUUACCGGGAGCGCUACUUGACGUUACUUAAGGCCACGAGCGGCGCAUCUAAUCUGCACCGACACGAAGUCAGGCGGCUGGACACGCAAAUGGCUUCGAGCGCCACCGCCUCGGCCAGCGCGCGAAGCCCAGAGCGACCGCGCCGCCGUCAGCGAGCGGCUGAGCGGCUCCCGAGGGGCUCCAGGCCCGCGCGGCCGCCAGGCCGUCGCCGGGAGGGCGGCCCGCAGCAGGCUGAGGGGCCUGACUCCCAGCUGGGGGCGGGGGCCGGCGGAGAGCACGCCAGGCCCAGCGGCGCCUCCCACGGAGCAGAGCGCACCCCCCGCCCAACGGCCCUUUCCCCCGAGCGCGGGGCCCACGCCCGGCCCCGAGUCCCCGCACUGACCUGCCACCUUUCCUCAGUCACCUCACACCCAACUCUUCCGGCUCCCUGCCCCCCAGAGGCAACCCACCGGCCCCGCCCCGCCUCGCCUCGCCCGCCAUUGGGGCCGCCCUUCGCCGACGCACCCUUGUGCCCUUCCCAUUGGCCGCCUCCUAUGUCACUCAACGCCAGCCGGACCGACAUGCACCGCGCCGGCCUGGGUAGAGAGCGAGCUCCCCCCGCCCGCUCUGGCUAUUGUGCUGUGUCAUAACGGCCGAACCACCCACAAGCGAUGGGGGGAGGCCUAAAGCGACCAACGGGACUAUGGAGCAGCUCAUCUGUCCCUACGGGUGGGGGCGGAAUACAUCAGCGCCCAGUAUGGAGCUGACACUUGUGGCGCGGCCUAUUCACCCGGUCCCUGGGAGGUUUGGGGACGCGGCCCCUAGUGACACCCAAUGGAACAGUCUGGAGCGGUCUAUCGAUCCUGAGGGGUGCGCGGAGGAGCAGCCCCUACUGGCACCGAAUGGAACUGAGUGUGGAGUGGUUCAUCUGCCCCUGGGGGAGAG